AUGGAUCAGUGGUUUGCGUCUCGCCGCCAAGCUGUCCUGGACUCGUUGUCCAACAUCAUUUCGAAGACUCAAACUCAAGCUCGGCAAUACCGACCCUGGAACAACAACAGAGUCAAUGUGAAGAGCCUGCUGCAGGCUUCUGUUCUCGCAGCGCCUUCUUCAGAUAACCAUUUUGGAGGAAGCUCAGCGUCAUGUACAAACACCCAGUUGAGCUGUCACAACACCACCGCUGUGGAUACAUGCUGCCUCAACUAUCCUGGCGGACUAAUGCUGCAAACCCAAUUCUGGGAUACGAAUCCCCCGGUGGGCCCGUCUGAUUCAUGGACUAUACAUGGACUAUGGCCUGAUCUUUGCGAUGGCACCUAUGAAGCAAAUUGUGACCAUGCACGUAAAUAUAGCAAUAUUUCUAGUAUCCUCACCGCAGGAGGUGGAGAAGAUGUACUAGAUUAUAUGCAAACUUAUUGGAAGGAUUACCAAGGUGAUGAUCAGAACCUGUGGUCGCAUGAAUGGGCGAAGCACGGCACCUGUGUCAGCACGCUCGACACCAAAUGCUACAACAACUACCAGGCUCAGCAAGAAGUUGUGGACUACUUUAACAUUACCACCGCCCUUUUCAAGACGCUACCCACCUACCAAACCCUGGCGGCUGCUGGCGUUCUGCCUAGCGACAGCAGAACCUGGACCGAGGAAGAGAUCCAAGCACCGUUAAAGAAAAUGCAUGGUACGGCGGUCACUUUGCGCUGUAGAGGCCACGUAUUCAAUGAAGUAUGGUAUCAUUUCUCGGUACGGGGAUCGGUCCAAACCGGCAAAUUCAUUGCUGCACAGCCGGAUGGGGCCAAGAGCAGCUGUCCAGGUACAGGCAUCAGGUACCUCCCCAAGAGCUCGUCAGAAACAAGCCCUGGCACCACGGAGCCAACACACUCCCAGUCCUCGACACAAAUUCCAUCGCCCACCUCCACUGCAGUUCCCUUCAAAGGGAAAGGUUUUCUACAAGUCUUUGUGAAAGGUGAGACAAGUCCUCGAGGUUGCCUGAUAUCCAAAGGCAAGUGGUAUAUGAGCGGAACUUGCGCCGGCUUCCACGUUCAGGAUGAUGUUGUGGACAAGCCGGAACACCAUCACAGGGAGCCUCGCAUGUUCACCUUGAUCUCAUCCAAGGGACCUUGUGGGAUUAUCGACAACAUAUUUCAGUGCGGGAAGAAAGUUCCAGAGCAGACGAUCUUCUCGACAACGAGUAACGGGACGUUGUCGUACCGGAAACAUACCUCAUUCUACGCCAGAUCUGUGCCACAUAGGUUUGAGCAGGGCGACAUUACCGCUGUCCCCGAGGCUGGCGAUAAAGGGCUAGAAGUGGAGAUUGUUUGGUCAGGUGCAACUUCACAUAUUCAGUUCCAAGGAGAGCUGUAG